UCAGUGUUAUGGUCCUGUCAGGACGCCGGCGUCGUGGGGUUUGGGCGCUCGCCACGGGCAGGGCCCGGGUCGGGGUUUGGGCCCCGCUCUUCUCGAGCGCGUUGUCAGCCUCCUGCCCGCUUUCCCCGCCCUCCUUGACCGCAGCUCGAGGGGUCGAGAAGCCGCCGCCGUUUGAGUGGAGGGGCCUGGACGAGUUUAAGCGUCCGAGGGUCGGCGCCACACACACCGCCUCCGCCUCCGAUCCUGGGCCCAGCCGCCGCCGCCGCUGCGGUGGCCACCUCCGCGGGGCGAGGAGAUGCAGCCGCCUCCGGGUCCGCCCCAGCUCUAUUCACCUACUAACGGGGACUUUACCUUUGUUUCCUCCGCAGACGCUGAAGAUCUCAGUGGUUCAAUAGCAUCCCCAGAAGUCAAACUAAACCUUGGUGGAGACUUCAUCAAAGAAUCUACAGCAACUACCUUUCUGAGACAGAGAGGCUAUGGCUGGCUUUUGGAAGUGGAAGAUGAUGACCCUGAAGAUAACAAGCCUCUGUUGGAGGAACUGGACAUUGAUCUGAAGGAUAUUUACUACAAAAUUCGAUGUGUAUUGAUGCCAAUGCCAUCACUUGGUUUUAAUAGACAAGUGGUGAGGGACAAUCCUGAUUUUUGGGGCCCUCUAGCAGUUGUUCUUUUCUUCUCAAUGAUUUCAUUAUAUGGACAGUUCAGGGUGGUUUCAUGGAUCAUAACUAUCUGGAUAUUUGGCUCCCUAACAAUUUUCUUAUUAGCCAGAGUACUUGGUGGAGAAGUUGCAUAUGGUCAAGUUCUUGGUGUCAUAGGAUAUUCGUUACUUCCCCUCAUUGUAAUAGCUCCUCUACUUUUGGUGGUUGGAUCAUUUGACGUUGUAUCAACACUAAUAAAACUGUUUGGAGUCUUUUGGGCCGCCUACAGUGCUGCUUCCCUAUUAGUUGGUGAAGAAUUCAAGACAAAGAAGCCUCUCCUGAUUUAUCCAAUUUUUUUAUUAUACAUUUAUUUCUUGUCCUUAUAUACUGGGGUGUGAUCUGAAAAAAGUCAUUUAUGGGUAGAAAAUUAACACAUACAUACGCAGGCUGGAAAUUCACAUGGAAUAGAUUGGAGAAAACAUGUCGAUGGUGGAGUCUUAUAUGUUCCAGUUUUAAAGGCAGGUUUAAAAUUUAAAAGCCUGCUUGUCCAUUGUAUUUAAGCAGUGUAGCUAUGUAGAUGUGUCAGAAUUCUAGAUUUUGUUUAAAAUUCUUCAUAUUUCAGUGAAUAAAAUAUAAAAGCGUUCUGUUUAUAAGAUUGUGUCAAUAUAUACCUGAAUACUUGUGCCAAAAGCACCAGAAACUGGCUUAUUGUAUUACACUUGAAGGGUAAAUAUGGCAAGAUCUUGAUAAUCUAGAAAUGCAAAUUUUUUUUCAUUUAAUAAGCUGGAUUUUUUUUGCACAGCAAAUUCUUUAGGUAUAUAUAUUUAUAUAUACACAUAUAUAUUUAUGAAAUAAUCCUGAUUAUUCACAGAAUAUAUUUCUGUAUGACCUAAAAAUGAAGAUAUUUUAAAUUUGAUGCUUAAAAUUUCUUUAAUUUGGCCAUUGAGUUUUGUAGGUUUAAAUUUGUUUUUUAAAUUGUACAUAACAUUUUUGUAUCUAUUGCACAGCUUUGACACUUACUUGUUAGAAAUUCUUGUUGGUAACUUCUAAAAUAAUUUUAGUAGUUACUACAAUAGAUUGAGUUUGUGCUUUUGAAAACCAUUUUUGAAUAUCCAGAAAUCUGAUUUAAAAUUCCUAUUUAUAUUUCUGACCAAAGGAGCAAAGAAAUGUAUUGUGUAUGACAUUUAUUAAAAUUGUUAAUAUUAGGAAAACAGUAUAUUUACAAGAUUAGUAAAUAAUUUUAAAGUGUGAAUCUUAAGUUUGACAGUAAAAUGGUUAGGUUUUUUUAGUCAUUAAAAAUUCAAGGUGGCAAAGAGAAGCUUAAAAUUCACAUAUUAAAUUGUUAUUUGAAAUAGAAAAAAAAAAUAAAAUGUUUCCCAACUGUGUGCGUGUUUUAUGACAGCUUGUUUUAUGUCAUAUUUGAUGGUCUAGUGUUUUAACAAGUGACAUGUGCUUUAACAAUUAUGCAAAUUUUCAAAGAGAAAUGUUUAAAACUCAUAAAUAACAAUUGAUAUUGUUGCAAUAAUCUAACUCUAGAGAUCAAGUUAUGUAAUGAUAUUCUUUUAUAAAAAGCAGAUGAAAUGUUUUCUUGUAUGUCUUGGGGUUAAAGACCAUAAACUGGCAAAUGUCUAUCAA